AUGAGUUUGGCCGAUAAAAAGCGAGCCGUCAUGUGUCCGUCCCUCCCUCUUUGACUCCGUCUGUGGGCUAGGCUGCUGCUGAACUCAAGCUCCCGGAACAAAACACCAAGAAACAGCCAUGUCUGAGAAACUUCCCUACAAAGUUGCUGACAUCAGCCUGGCCGAAUGGGGACGUAAGGCCAUCGACAUUGCAGAGAACGAGAUGCCUGGCCUCAUGAAGAUGAGGGAGAUGUACGGCCAGUCCAAGCCUCUGAAGGGCGCCCGUAUUGCCGGCUGCCUCCACAUGACCCUGCAGACCGCCGUGCUCAUCGAGACCCUUACCGCCCUCGGAGCUGAGGUUCAGUGGUCCAGCUGCAACAUCUUCUCCACUCAGGAUCACGCUGCUGCCGCCAUCGCCAAGUCUGGCGUUCCAGUGUACGCAUGGAAAGGCGAGACAGACGAGGAGUACGUUUGGUGCAUCGAGCAGACUAUUUACUUCAAAGAUGGUCAGCCCCUCAACAUGAUUCUCGAUGAUGGAGGAGACCUCACCAACCUGGUCCACCAGAAGUACCCUAAACUGCUGGCAGGUAUCCGUGGCGUGUCAGAGGAGACCACUACAGGGGUCCACAACCUGUACAAGAUGUUCAAGAAAGGCGAGCUGAAAAUCCCCGCCAUCAACGUCAAUGACUCUGUCACAAAGAGCAAGUUUGACAACCUGUACGGCUGCAGGGAGAGUCUGAUCGACGGCAUCAAGCGAGCCACCGAUGUGAUGAUUGCUGGGAAAGUGGCCGUGGUUGCAGGAUACGGUGACGUCGGUAAAGGCUGUGUUCAGGCUCUGCGUGGGUUUGGCGCUCGUGUCAUUGUCACAGAGAUCGAUCCCAUCAACGCCCUGCAGGCCGCCAUGGAGGGUUAUGAGGUGACCACCAUGGACGAGGCUUGUAAGGAGGGAAACAUCUUCGUCACCACCACCGGCUGUGAGGACAUCAUCCUGGGACAUCACUUUGAGAACAUGAAGGACGAUGCCAUCGUCUGUAACAUCGGACACUUCGACUGUGAGAUCGACAUGAGCUGGCUCACCAAGAACGCUGCUGAGAAAAUCAACAUCAAACCUCAGGUGGAUCGCUUCCGGUUGAAGAACGGUAACCACAUCAUCGUCCUGGCUGAAGGCAGACUGGUGAACCUCGGCUGUGCUAUGGGACAUCCUUCCUUCGUCAUGAGCAACUCCUUCACCAACCAGGUUCUGGCUCAGAUUGAGUUGUGGAUGAACCCAGACAAGUACCCUAUUGGAGUCUACUUCCUGCCCAAGAAGCUGGACGAGCAGGUGGCUGCUGCUCACCUGGACAAACUCGGGGUCAAGCUCACCAAGCUGUCAGACAAGCAGGCCAAGUAUCUGGGUCUGCCUGUGGAGGGGCCCUUCAAACCGGACCAUUAUCGCUAUUAAACACCCCACCCAGCUGAGGAAGAGGAGACGAAGAGAGGAGCUGGGGAUGAGAGGGUUUAGAUGGUUAAUGGAGAAUGAAGUGAGGCAUCGUCUGUCGACUUUUCAGGGAUACAGAGAGAUGAUUGUGUAGAUUUUUUAACCUUUACAAGCUCUACAUAGAGGAAAAAUAUAUUUCAUUUGCUAAGAAGCAGCACCUUGUUUCGUUAAACCGAGGUGAGCUCAACAAAAUGUGGCGUGCAGAUGGGGCAGGCCAUAAAAUACAGCAGUGCUUCUGUCUGCAGCAGCUCUCUCUGAGUGUCAGGAAGCUGCAGACCUGUUCAUGGGUUUUCUCAUCAUAGAUGAUCUCAUCUCCAUCUGAAAUCACUCUCACAAACAUCUAGAUCUUCAGUCUUUGGCCCUUUCUUUUUCUCAUUAGAAACACCAUCAGGUGCUGUAGCGGCUGUUUAAAGAGAGUUUCUCUUGUUGUUUUUGUCAUUCCCUCUCCAUUUAUGGAAUAAAAUCAACCCUCAUGAUGCUUUA